AUGAAGCCAAUUAUAGCCACAGUAUUGUUAACAUUACUGAAAUUUCAAUUCCUAUCAGCACUAUUGGACGACUAUCAUUGUGGAGUCAGCACAAUAACAAAAGUACUGUCAUAUGUGUCUAGUUCAAUGUGUCAACAAGAGAAAUGUGAGUUUAAGCUUAAAAUGGCUAAAACUUUCUUUACAAAACAACAAAUGGUAAGAACUUUCUUUACAAACCAAAAAAUGGCAAUAACUUUCUUUACAAGAGAAAAAAUACCAAGAAAUUUCGUUACAACGCACAAAACUAAGGUUUUUUAUAAGUGGAAGUUAAUUGGAAAAUUUGCAAUGUAAUUUGCACUGAAAACCUUCCACUCAACUUCCACUUUUAAAAUGUCUUAGAAUGACUUAAAAACACGUUUUUGAAACUUUUUAGAAAUGGAAAUUAUGUGGAAGAUUUCCAGUGCAAAAUACAUUAUAAAUCUUCCACCGAACUUCCACUCUUAAAAAGUGUCAAAAACGUGUUUUAGCCAAUUUUCAGACAUUUUAAAAAUGAAAGUUGAGUGGAAGAUUUCCAAUGCAAAAUACAUUACAAAGCUUCCACUCAACUUCCAAUUUCUUAAAAGCUUAAUGACUCCUUUUGGUAAGUCAAAAAUAGAAAAAAUAUCAUUUCUAAGGGCUAAAAAAAGUUUUUUGUCAAAAAAUUUUUUUUUAUUUUUGAAAAAAUUACAGUAAACGGCUGCUGCUACGCCCAUGACCGGUGUUAUGACAAGAACUUUUACAAACAUGAUGACAUGUUGAUGAAGGAGUGUGACUACGACUUUAAGCACUGUAUUCAAGUGUCGUAUGAGAAUGAGUUUGUUUGUAGUAAGAUCCUAAGUGUCACACAUGGGUCUCUGGUGACUUUUGUUGGCAGUUUCUACCGUAAUCUCUUUGGGAUAGAUGCGCCUGAGGAGCAUGGUCAUUCUCGGUAUAAACGACAUAUUAACAGUAAAGUAAAAUAA